GUGCAAUCUUGUUGGACAAUUUGGACAUAGCAAACAUGGAUGUUAUAAUGAACUUGAAUGCGAGUGGUGAAGCAAUAGUUAUAUUGGCAGAGUUCAAGUUUUCGAUAAACACUUACCUAAAAGAACUAGUGACUUCUCCAGUAAGAUCACUGGCCGAUGUCAUAGCCUUUAACCAGAAAUUCUCCAAUCUGGAAACGCUCGACAAGUACGGUCAUGAAAUUUUUGUAUUAGUAGAGGCCACAAAUGGUAUCGGAAAAGCAGAGGAGGGCUUUCUGAAUUUGGAGAGGUUAUCGAAACAUGGGUUUGAGAAAAUAAUGAUAGAGAAUGAUUUGGAUGGGCUGGUGGCUCUAGCAGAUUGGGAGGUUGCUCAUGUUCUUGUCAUCGGGUGGAUAUCCAAGAAUCACUGUUCCGUCUGGAUAUCACACAAAUGGUAUGCCAUUUGGGAUAUUUUUUGCAGGAAUCAAGGGUUCGGAGCCGAAAUUGAUUGAAAUUUCUUAUGGGUUUGAGCAAGCAACUAUGAUCAGAGAGCCCACUUUUUUCCUACCAUAAUUAUGUCAAGAGUUGUGUUAAUAACAGCUUACAACGUUGUUUUGCCAAUUUUUUGUUGUAGUUUUAGGGCAAAAAUUACUUAAAUAAGUUCAAAAAAAAUUAUUAUCUAGAAAUUGAGAAAGCGCACUUAUAGUUUCUACUUU